GUGCGCAUGCCCAGUCUCGAACAGGAAGUGAUUAAUCCUCGGCAGGUUUCAGGGCCUGAAAGCGCUGGGAAGGAUUUCUAUGGAAGAGAUGUCAGGAGAGAGUGCUGUGAGCUCGGCUGUGCCGGCUGCAACGACCCGGACCACCUCGUUCAAGGGGUCGAGUCCGAGCUCCAAGUACGUGAAGCUGAACGUGGGUGGCGCUCUUUACUACACCACCAUGCAGACCCUCACCAAACAGGACACCAUGCUGAAGGCCAUGUUCAGCGGCCGUAUGGAGGUGCUCACCGACAGCGAAGGCUGGAUCCUGAUCGACCGAUGCGGGAAACACUUCGGCACCGUCCUGAAUUACCUGCGUGACGGCGUGGUGCCUCUGCCUGAGAGCAGGAGAGAGACGGAGGAGCUGCUGGCUGAAGCCAAGUACUACCUGGUGCAGGGUUUAGUGGACGAGUGUCAGGCUGCACUGCAGAACAAAGACGCCUAUGAGCCCUUCUGCAAAGUGCCCUUGGUGACCUCACCUAAGGAAGAGCAGAAACUCAUUGCUACAUCAAAUAAGCCUACCGUUAAACUCCUGUACAACAGGAGCAACAAUAAAUACUCCUACACCAGUAACUCGGAUGACAACAUGCUGAAGAACAUCGAGCUGUUUGAUAAGCUCUCUCUGCGCUUUAAUGGGCGUGUGCUCUUCAUUAAAGAUGUGAUCGGAGAUGAAAUCUGCUGCUGGUCGUUUUACGGUCAGAGCAGGAAGAUCGCGGAGGUGUGCUGCACCUCCAUCGUCUACGCUACCGAGAAGAAGCAGACCAAGGUGGAGUUCCCCGAGGCACGGAUCUAUGAGGAGACACUGAACAUCCUGCUGUACGAGUGUCAGGAUGGGCGUGGGCCUGACAAUGCACUGCUGGAGGCGACAGGGGGCGCUGCGGGACGCUCUCACCACCUGGAUGAGGAUGAGGAGCGUGAACGUGUGGAGCGAGUGCGCAGAAUCCACGUCAAGCGACCUGAUGAUCGCACGCAUCACCACCAGUGACCUCUAAUCCUCAUUUGACCUCUGACCUGCAGCCCCUGUGCCUUAAUCACCCAGUUAUCCCCCUCUCCCCUCCAGCUGGGGCUCACAGCGCUGACGGAGUCUUCACACAGUAGAGAGAGAGAGAGAAUCUCCUGAAUUCCAAGAGCCUUUUUCACCCCUUAAACGCUUUUCAAACAUCCACUGUUUAUUCUUUCUCUUCCAGCGUGGUGGUGUUCUCUAUGAAUGUCGCUCAUUUCACAGAAUGGUGUGUAUGUGAAUAUUGAAGUUAAGUCUUCUUGACGUGAGCAGGAGUCAGCAGUACAACACACUCGGUGUUGUGUGGUUUAAAAAAAAAAAUCAGCACCAAACAUUACUGCAGUUGGAGCUCUAAAAUGGACAGUGUUCACUUAUUUGCGUGUUUACAUCCGAGAUGGACUGUGUGUGUCAUGUAUUAACUGCUCUUACAAUUACUGAACCUCUGCGUGUUGAUUCUGUGUAACUAGUGACUGAUGGGAUUGUUGAAUUUCCUGCUAUUGAUGAUUUGAGAGAGGAGAUGGAGAGAAAACAGAGAGGAAGUCUUUAUCCACCACGGGGCAGCAUUGUGCUCAUUUUGCCCCUUUAGAAAUCAGGCUGUGGUCACCUUGAGCAAUAAGUACCCUUAUAAUUUGAUACUUAUGUGGUGUCGUGAAUUACAGGAGGAAAAUCCUCCAUCGUUUCACCGCGUGCUGUUUAAUUAAUGAACGGGAGGCAGGUGACGGCGCCUCCCCGUGGGUCUGCUGGCGUGCUCCUCCUCCUGUUGAGCGAGUGAUGGAAGGUAGCCGCACUCUGCUGAAAGAGCGCUGUCGUUUUCCCCCAUGCAGGAGAUCACAGGUCCAGGAUCAGCUUGUACUUUUCACCUGUGUAGUUUCUAUUUAAAGUGUAGAACUGGUCCUGGAUCAGCAGUAAUAUCACUGAUCCAGAAUCAGCACGCUCUGUAUUAUUUUCACUGCAGUAUGAAAGCUGAUCCUAGAUCAGCAAAGUCUGUUAAAAUAUGUCUCGUUUUAGUGUGUUUGUGCCGUCACAUUUAGUUUCAUUAAAGGCACGUUAUGUAAUCUGUAGAGAUGUUUGUACAGAUGUGCACAUGAUUUCAGAAGUGUUUUACAUACAACUAUAUUUAUACACUCCUUAUCACGAAUAAAUAUUUCUACAAAAUUUUCCAAGACCAGAA